AUGGACUCCAAGCAGACUGGGUUUAGCGUCCUCCCAACGGCGUCCACCGCGGUCCACGGCGACUCCCACGUCCAGCCCCGCAGCAGCAGCGGCCUCAACUUCCGGCGCCUCUGCUACGCCCUGUCCAUCGCAUGCAGCGUGUACGGCAUCUUCCACAUCCUCCAGGAGCGGCAUGCGCACCGCGCGCACAGACACGAGCACGCGCACGCGCGGCUGGGGCCGCUGCCGCCGACGGCGCACUCGGACGUGUGUCCGCAGCCGAAGUCGCUGUUCCCGACGCGGCACAGCGACCUCAGCGCGGGGCUGGAGGCCUCGUUUGCGGAUGAGACGUAUAAGAAGAAGGCGUAUGGGAGCUUGAUUGGGGCGAUUCAGAUUCCGACGGAGUCGUAUGAUGACUUGGGCCCUGUUGGAGAGGAUCCCCGCUGGAAGACGUUUGAUACGCUGCAUGAGUAUCUUGAGACUACUUACCCGAAAGUUUUCAACACUUUGAAGGUGACGAAGGUGAACACGUACGGAAUCGUUCUCCAUUGGCAGGGCUCGGACGCGUCUUCCCUGCCGGUCGUGAUGGCCGCCCACCAAGAUGUUGUGCCUGUUGAGCCCGCCACUGCGAAGGACUGGGUCCACCCGCCCUACUCAGGGUUCCACGAUGGAGAGUGGAUCUGGGGGAGAGGCACUUGUGACGACAAGUCUGACCUGAUUGCUGGCCUCGAAGCCAUAAACGCUCUGCUCGGGCAGGGCUUUGAGCCUGAACGCACAUUUGUCUGGGCAUUUGGUUUCGAUGAGGAGGCUUCCGGCAGACAGGGCGCGGGCCACCUCGCGACCUAUCUCGAGGAGACGUACGGCACGAACGGGGUCGCACUUGUCCUUGAUGAGGGUGGAGGCGCAUACGGCACUCAGUACGGUGGCGACGUCAUCUUCGCAGUACCGUCUCUGUCUGAAAAGGGAUACCUGGAUGUCCGCAUUGAACUUACCGCUCAAGGAGGCCACUCCAGCGUCCCACCGAAGCAUACUGCCAUCGGCCUUCUCUCAGCCCUAGUCGUCGCCAUCGAGACCGAGCCGCACGAGGCCGCCCUCGUCCGCGGGGGCGGUCCGUACAACGCCACGCAAUGCGCGGCGACGUACGGCCCCGAGUACCCGGCUAAACUCCGGCAGCUCGCGCACGACGCCGUGCACGACGACGGCGCGCUCGCGGAGCUCCGCGAUGCACUUCUGGACGAGUUCCCGCGGUUCGAGGCGAUCCUGCGCACGACGCAGGCGGUCGACCUCGUGCAGGGCGGCGUGAAGGUGAAUGCGCUGCCGGAGAAGGUCUCGGCGGUCGUGAACCACCGGAUUGCGGAGCACAGUUCUGUUGCGGAGCUCAAGGAGGAGUUCACGAGCAUCGUGCUUCCGGUAGCGGCACGCUUCAACUUGUCGGUGGAGGCGUUUGGGAAGAACGUGUCUGCGGGCAGCGCAGGGCACAUCGUGCUCUCGGAUGCGUUUGGCACCGGGCUCGAGCCGUCUCCUGUUACCCCGAUGGGCAAGGAUGACCCUUACCAGGUUCUCGCGGGAUCUAUUAAGGCGACAAUUGAGAGCGCUAGCGGGUACAAUGCUAGCGGAGUGGUGGUCGCUCCUUUGCUCCAGAUCGGCAACACGGAGACAGAUACGCGGUACUACUGGAACCUGUCCCGCAACAUCGUGCGCUACAAGCACCUGCGCGACGCUGACCGGUACAACGGCGCGCAUACUGUGAACGAAGCUGUCCGGGCCGAAGGGUGGAUUGAGUCGAUCCGGUUCUUCACCAUGUUUAUCUUGAACUGCGACGAGCACCUGUAA